CAACCUUGUGUCGUCCAGGCCUAUGGAUUGUUUACUGUUUAUGCUACUUGUCUGACGAAAGUGUGGCUGGGGUUGAAGGCCAACAGACCAGAGGGGAAGCAUUCUUUGUCAAAGUAACUGGAACAUCUGACCAAGUUCUGUUCUUUUUUUAAGUAGACAGGGAGCCAUGGAGCUUGGAGUUGAAGACUGAGUACUUGUCCAUGCAGUAACAGAGAGACACGUUUCGACUGAGCAGGAUGCCUCUCAGGCAGUUACUAAGAAUGCUCAUGAACAAUGAGGAGAUAAUUAGAAAACUAAGUGACAGUUACCCCAUCAGACGGGCUGCACAGUUGACAGCUUACUUUUUCCACAAAGGCAAAGAAAUUGGAGAAGAUAACUUAGAAAAACUGAAAGAAUCCGAUAUGGUAAACAGACUGAAGCAGGAAGGACAACAUUCAGUGGAUAAAGGCAAACAACAGUUCGAUCAGUCUGUCAACAAGACAAACUCUUUCUUGAUCAAGUUUUUUGAUGCCUUCAGUGAUGAAUGGAAAAAAGCAGAAAAGGAAAUAGAGGAGAAAAGAGUGAAAGAAAUUCAAGAAAAAACAAAACGGAAGGGAGAAUGAGAGAUGAGUGUAUGUGAUUGUGUUAUAAUGAGAGAAUUUCGGACUUAUUUUUAGUGUUGUUUCAAAGUGCUUUCAUUUACUGCUGUUGUUUCUAUUUGACUUGUGACAAAAAUGAUUCUAGCAGUGCAUGUACUUUAUGACUGAAGAUAAAAAAGUAAAAUAAGUGGUUGUUUUUGUUAGUGUUGUGGUAUGUUAUGUUAGACUUUUUUAUGAGAAAUAGUAACCAGAGAGAGGUGAAAGAUUGCAUUAAAACUUAUCUUGAUAA